UGGAAAAAAAACAUCGUUAGCUUCCAGUUCUAUGGAAACAGGGAAUUGUAGCGACAAUUGAGUAUGGCUUCGUGUUUUUUACAACAAGAAACGUUUGGCCUACGAGACAUCAACAGGGCAAGUCACUAGAUUUCAUUUGUAAUCAUGGGGUUACAAGAAAUCGUGAUUGACCAAAGCGUCAGCUUGGACGAGGCAAAGAAACUUCUUGAAGAAAAUCCCCAGACAGAAAAUUUGCUAUUGAGAAACUGUAAAAAUCUAACACAUGAAGACACUGAGACACUUAUUGACCUGUUCAAUCCUGAUUUAAGAACGUUGAGUAUACACCAUUGCAGGCAAUUGGAUGACGCACUGGUUGACAAACUUGCAGAUCACUGUGCAAAACUAACUCAUUUAACAGUCAAUGGUUGUUUUAAGGACUUAACAAAAACUGGACUGGCAAGUGUAACAAACAAAUGCAAAGAUUUAAAGUUUUUAUCAAUUUUAUGCUGUGAAAGUGAUGACAUAGAUGAAAAUGAGAACGAGGCUGACGAUGUUGAGUGGUCGCUAGAUGAUGAACUCUUUGAAGCAAUAAUUAUAGAAAAUCAAACCCUUUCACUGCAGCAUUUUGGGAUAAGUGGAUUUAAAAAUAUAACAUCUGAUGGAUUACAGAAAUUUGUAACAAAUAUUUGUUCAACGCUCACUUCACUGGAUUUAAGUGAGCUAUCUGCUAUUACGGACACAACAUUAAGCGAAAUUGCUAAAUUGUGUCCUAACUUACAAACUAUUAAUAGCGGGUAUUGCAAUAUUACAGACAAAGGGGUUGAGGACUUUUGUUCUAAAUGUACAUCUUUACAGUCAGUGGAUUUUUGUGGUUGUAAUCAAUUAACUGAUGAAGCAGUAUCUUCAUUGGCAAAUCACUGUCCAGAACUUAGAAUUAUUAAGUUGGGAUGGUGCUUAAAGCUCACUGAAAAAAGUCUAGAGGUACUAUCAACAAACUGUCCAAACAUUGAAUGUGUUGACAUUCGGCAUUGCUCAGUAAAACACAUUCCAUAUGGUUUUGUGAAGUUAUCUUUGCUGAAGGAAUUAAUGGUGGAGGGCUGCACUGGACUGAAGUGCCCGCCACUUGAUGUGACAUUGAAUGGCAUCAAAGCUACAAAACAGUUUUUAGAAGACAGUAAUCUCCACUGUAUGUCCAGAGUUGCUUUUAUUGGAGAAGAAGGAAGUGGUAAAAGUAGUUUGGCAAUGUGUAUGGUUAGCUCAUCUUUAGCGGUUGCUGACAGUAGCACAGAAGGUGUUCACGUAAUGAAAUGGAGACCAUUUAACGAGUCUUCAGAGCAUGCUGUGGACAAGAACUCUCUCGAUUUGCAAAUCAGCGAGGAAUGGAAAGAACUGACCAUCGAAGUAUGGGAUUGUGGAGGUCGAAAGUGCACACAGGGAUUGCAUCCACUAUUCUUAACAGACCAAACGCUCUACGUGCUCACGUUCAACAUUUAUAACCCAAGAGACAUCGAAAACCUGCCAAACUGGCUGUUUCUAGUCCAAACAAAGACCCCUGGCUGUGCCAUCAUUGUUGUUGGUACUCAUGCGGAUGGUUCAAAUGCAGACUUCGAAAAUCUGAGCAAUAAAGCUUUGAAUACACUAAAGAACGCUGAAAACGAGCAUUAUUUGGAGGUCAAAGCAGAACUGGAAAUUUUAAAAACAGAUGACAAGAAAAAUGAUCCAUUCAUACAGACCCGAAUUGAGCGAUUAGAGCAGCUACUCAACUGCCGGCCAAGGCUUCCAGAUAAAGUACUUUAUGUCAGCUCCAUCAAGGGAAAGGGCAUAACUGCUCUUCAAAAUGAAAUCUUUGCACUUCUUCAAGAUCCCGCGUUGUUYCCGCAUCUCAUCGAAGAAGUAGAUAUCACCGUGACAUAUCUAUAUKCGGAGAUUCUCAAGCUCAGAGAAGACAGAGUUGUAGUUAUACCAUGGGAGCAGUACGUUAAACUUGCCUCUGAGUCGGGAAUCAAUGACCAACAAGCAAUUGAAAGAGCAACAGUAAUCCUGGAGUGCAGGGGUUGUAUAACAGUGUUCCGAAUACCUGCAAAUAACCAAGACCCCUCUCAAACUCGUACUGUUUGCGUGAAUCCAAGCAUAUUGUUGGACUGUUUGGCAUGUAUGCACAACGAGACGGAACCAAGAGAGUUUGUUCCUAGAUUUAUUAAGGCAGGUCAUUUAGAGAGGUACUGGCCUACGAAUACCAAACCKAAUGACUGGACUCUUCGCUCAGCAAUUGAUGAUAUUGUCAGCAAGGGGCUUAUUAGAGAAGCAGUGGUUCCACUUUGCUUUCAAGCCAUUCAUUUGGGUGAGCAAGAGAUCCUGAAAAUACUUCAUUUUUGUCGAAACAUUGGUGUUCUAGUCGAAGGRGCACCUAAGGGUAGUUACGAGGUGGAGCUGGUCCUUGCCUACUACAAGAACCUCUCAGUUGUCAAACGAUACUUUCUUCCUCUCCAGCAUUCCUUGCCACCAGAUACAAAGACGCCAAACAUCUGGCCUGCCGCUGUACCAGAGGGUCACAUYCAAGUUGGCUGGCGGUUUAAAUUUCCGGAUGAAGUUUCGUCCAAAUGUUCAACAUUGAUCAUCGGCGCUUGCAGAAACUACAAAUUGGACAGUGAUAUCUACUGUUAUUGUCAGCGGUGCCUUGUGUUAAAAGUAGGUGACGUAAUGGCCAAAAUAUCACGUGAUGGUUCGUAUUUGGAUAUGAUUGGGCGAAGUAGAAUUACCAAUGGGAGUAAGCAGGCCCUCAAUAUGACGUGGUUUAUUUUGGCGCAGUUCUUCUAUGUUACUGAUAUGCUGUUGCAAAACUAUUCUGGACUCAGCCCCGAGAUAAUGGUUCCUUUAUAUGGAUGCAGCCGUCCUAAACAGAAAUCUCUGUUCGAGCUGGUCAAGGAGUAUAAUGUCGAACCAAGCAAUUUAGCCAACUUUCGUUGGUUUCUGCCACCUGGAGGUCUUGAUGUCGAGGAGCACACGCAAAUUCCAUCCAACACGAGCACGUGGCUUUCUACUAUUGCAAAGAAGUCAACACUAUUUAUAAGCUACCAAAGCGAUCAUCAAGACGAGGUCAAACUACUUCGAAUGAGCUUAAGUCACUCUGGAUUCAAUUGUGUUGGCGAGUGGACACUACUAGGGCAUGGUCAAGAGCACACGGAAAGACGACGACAAAGUAUCAUGGGUUCGUCAUUGGUGCUAGCCUUUGUCACACCAGAUUACCUGAAGUGGUCUCGUGCUUUGCAAGACACCAACCUUGCUCUUGAAUUCAACAAACCAGUUAUCGCAUUACUCUUCGAUAAGACAAGUUGGCCAACCGACAACGACCUCGAGGUCUUGCUCAAAGAGAAAGCUAUUUGCCUCGACUUUGACGCGGGUUCUGGUGAAGCUCUUUCCCAUCAAUACGACCAGGRGCAGCUUAGUAAGCUAGUGUCUCAGUGCAACGAUAUAUUGUACGGUACCGGGGAUAUUCACCCACCGGAGCCUCCUGUAAGCCCGGAUAACACUUUCCACGAACAGCACGAAGGUACUCUACACCAACAUCAACUGAGAACCCCUAAAGGAAGUACUCAACACAUUCAGUCCGUCAAGGAAAACGAAAAAGUAGACACRGAAGUGAAGCAAAAAUCCGGCAACACUGUGGAGCCUGAAGAGGAUCCCGAGAAACAGGUUCAGCGCAUGGCAGCUAGCGCUGUUGCAGCCGCUGUCGCUGGAGCGACGGCGCAGCAUAUUUCUAAAGCUGACAAUAGACCGGAAGCUGUAAAGGCUGCUGCCGCYGCUGCGGAAGUGGCACAGGCUGUUGUGGACGGAGAUAGUGAUGCUGCGGCUAAAGCAGUUGUUAAAGUAGCAAAAAUAGUCGAGGAAAGUGUCAAGAAUCAAUCGCACUCGAAGCAAGUAUCGAAUGGAUCUAUAUCCUCACCGCCUAAGAGUACAACAUGUAGUAUAUUAUAGUUAAUGAUUGGAAGAGUUUAUGCAAUUUAGUGGUUCGUUAUCAUGUAAAUUUCUUCRUUGUAAAUAAUUUUAUCAAUAACAGUUAUCAAGGAUAUAUUCCAUCCCAGUAAUGCAUUUCGGCGACAAACUCAGUAUAUACUUGUAGAAAAGAAAUCUUAGUUUAUUUAAGUCGAACAUUUUACAUACAUCGAAUAAGUUCUCGUGGAAUGAUUUUUAUCAGCGAAUUAUGAAUCAAUGCUUAAUCAUCGGAUAUUUUAGUAUAAAUAUCUUUGUAUAAAGAAAUCCGAACAAAUGAUUAAAAAAGAC